CCCUGUGUUUUUUACCACCAAUAUGGAAAUUCCCAGACAAAAACCUUUGCUGUUGGUAUUAUGGUGACCCCUAUAAACCCCAUCCCAGAUAAGGGCAAUCCUGUGUUUGUUCCUUUCAUUGCUGGGACUCGAUCCUCCUCGUCCUUCUAGUAGAGCGGCUAAAAAACAGGAGGACGAGGCUCUCUGUGUCUACUGGAAAGUAGUGGCCGAGAGCGGCAGCUGGUCUCCGGACGGCUGCACCGCCGUGCACACGAACAGCACUCACACCACCUGCAGCUGUGACCAUCUCUCCAGCUUCGCCGUCCUAAUGGCUCCCACCAGAGUGACGGUAUCUCACCGUGAGACUCGAUCACACGGCUGGACCCUGAGCUCCGCACUCAGCCGUGGGCAAAGCUCUCCAUGGAGCCACUGGAGCCUUUGCUGGGGAAAAGGCUGAGUCGGAGCCGAGGGGGCUGGGCUGGGGUCACUGGUGAUUGUCCCUUUGCUGUGUUACAGGAGAAUUACCCACUGACCAUCGUCAGCUACGUGGGACUGACCCUCUCCCUGCUGUGCCUCUUGCUCGCCAUCCUCACCUUCCUCCUGUGCCGCUCCAUCCGCAACGUCAGCACCUCCCUCCAUCUGCAGCUCUCCCUCUGCCUCUUUGUGUUCCACUGGUUCAUCUUCAACCCGGUGCCCCGCAGCCGCAAUCAGGUGGCGUGUGCUGUCAUUGCUGCGUUCCUACACUUCCUCUUCCUGGCCUGCUUCUCCUGGAUGUUCCUGGAGGGGCUGCACCUCUUCCUCACCGUCAGGAACCUGAAGGUCGUGAAUUCAACCAGCGCCAGCCAGUUCAUUAAGAGAUUCAUGUACCCGUUCGGAUACGGCUUCCCAGCCCUGGUGGUGGCUAUUUCUGCAGCAGUGAAUCACAAAGGCUACGGAGCUUACACACUCUGCUUUCUCAGCCUGGAGAGAGGCUUUAUUUGGAGCUUCCUGGGUCCAGUCUGUGCCAUAAUCCUGAUAAAUAUAACGUUCUUUGCCCUGACUCUGUGGAUCCUCAGAAAAACACUCUCCUCCCUCAAUGCAGAUGUGUCCACCCUCAGAGACCACAGGUUACUGACCUUUAAAGCCAUCGCCCAGUUUUUCAUUCUGGGCUGCACAUGGGGCCUUGGUCCCUUCACAGAAUCCGUGGUCAUGCAGUAUUUAUUCCUCAUUGUCAACAGCCUGCAGGGACCCUUCAUCUUCCUGGUGUACUGUCUCCUCAAUCGCCAGGUGAGAGAGGAGUACAGGAGAUGGCUCAAUAGAUUCCGAACAUACCGCAGAAAAUCUCAGACAACCGAUCUAUCCAUGUCUGCUGUCCCCACCACCAGGACCAAGACGGUGUAACCCUUCUGCCAGGCGGAGUCGGCAGCAACCAGGGCCGGGUUCAAUACCUAGGGGUUCCAAUACAAAACCGAACCGGCUGGAGCCCCCUGUGACGUUGCACUCCAUAUGCUUUAUGGAAAUAUGCUCAUGAAUAUGACAUAACUGGAAUAUACUUUAUGCUAAAUACCCCUUUGUGGGGUGUCUUUAGAAAGCUUGUAAUCUACUAAGUGUGUUCAUCCUAUUUGUUUGCAUGUGUUAUUUCUAUAUCUGGAGUUAGGAGAAUAAGAUAUAAACCUGUAUCACUGGUGAAAAACAUAGUAAGUGGAGGCCAUUAAGGGUGCUCCAGAAACAAUCAGUUGUAAACGGCCUUAGUUACUUGAAAGCCUCCCUGUGUACGUGUGGGCCAGCCCAUGGGGAAUGGAGACUGGGGGUC